AUGUCUAUUACUCACUCAUGUCGUAAAGUUAUGUUGCCGAUAUCACAGCUUGGGAGACGCUUCCCUACCCUCCGGCCCACGGGGACUUUGCUGUCUUAUAUUGAUUUCCAAAUACACUCGGUCCGCGUUCUGGAAGCUGUCAGUAAAGCUCAAUGUCUCAGAAUUAAGGGAAAGGUUAUGUUCACUGAUCAAGACAACAACGGACAAGUGAACGUGGAGCUGGAAACGCUGACGACCAGAAUACGGUGUUCAGAAAUGGACUACUCAUUACCAGAGCCAGUCCUUGAAACCACUUCCCAGUCGACCGCCGCCGCUGUCAUAUUCUUUAGCGUCCUUUCCCUCUUGGCGGCUAGCUAUAACAUCACCUGGGGAGUUGUGGCUUUCUUUCAAACAAAGUCUUACAUGGUCCGCUACUUCAAGAUGCUGUUCAUGCCAGUCAACAAGGACGAGACCGACUUACCCCGCUCUGAGUAUUUCCGUUUUCUAAAGAUCUGGGAGAUCUUCAUUCUGGUGGCCGAUGUCAUGAAUAUAAGUGGUUCCGCCGCGUUAGUCGACAUUGAGAACCACACCUUUGAGUUAUCGACUUUGGACUCUAACACUGUCGUGCUGGGAAUCGGUGUGACCUGGUUCACACUCCUCCGGUUCUUCAAAUUCCAUAACAAGUUCCACGUAUGUCAUGUGAUAUUUUUUGUGUUGGAAACGUUAAUGAUGUAUUAAAAUGCGAAAUAACCGUUUGUAAUAGUAAUAAUGCUUAAAAUGACAUUAAUGGAGAUCAUGAUGAUGCGGCUGAUGGUGUUGGAUGAUGAUGAUGAUGAUGAUGAUGAUGAUGAUGAUGAUGAUGAUGAUGAUGAUGAUGAUGAUGAUGAUGAUGAUGAUGAUGAUGAUGAUGAUGAUGAUUAUCUUUCUGCUCCUUACAGCUUUUGUUCAGCACGAUCUACAAAGCAUUCGGUAACGUGGUUGCGUACAUGAUGUGCGUCGCGAUCCUCUUUGUCGGCAUA